GGAUAAAAAGCAGUCGACGGGCUAAAAUCUUAAAAAUCCAGGAAAAUCUCCGUUGAAAAUGGCCUCUUCUCUGAUAAUGCAGCUAAAUUCUAGAAAAUUUGCUGAGUUGACGAGAAAGUUAGGAUGGCAAGCUGGGUGUUUAUCGAGAUCAGUUUCUACAGCGUCUAUCAGCAAGGUUCUGAUAGCCAACCGUGGUGAGAUCGCUUGCCGUGUAAUCCGUACAGCUAGAAAGCUUGGUGUUAAAACAGUAGCAGUCUACAGUGAUGCAGACAGGAACUCAAUGCAUGUUGCCAUGGCUGACGAAGCCUAUCAUAUAGGACCAGCUGCUUCUCAACUCAGUUACCUCAACAAACAGAAGAUCAUAGAAGUAGCCAAGGCAUCGGGUGCCCAGGCUAUCCACCCUGGAUAUGGUUUCCUAUCAGAGAAUACAGAGUUUGCUGACCUCUGUGAUAAGGAAGGGGUCAUCUUUGUUGGACCACCAUCUUCAGCCAUCAGGGAUAUGGGCAUAAAGAGCACAUCUAAGCACAUCAUGUCAGCAGCUGGCGUGCCAAUCAUUGAGGGUUACCAUGGCGAGGACCAAUCAAAAGAGAGAUUGAGACAGGAGUCUGAACGUAUAGGAUAUCCAGUCAUGUUGAAGGCCGUCAGGGGUGGAGGAGGAAAGGGUAUGCGUAUUGUGAUGACAGCGGCGGAUUUUGAUGAAGCCUUAGAUUCAGCUAUGCGAGAGGCCAAGAAAUCUUUUGAUGAUGACAUCAUGCUCGUUGAAAAGUAUGUCGAGACCCCAAGGCACGUUGAAGUACAGGUAUUUGGAGACAAACACGGAAACUAUGUGUACCUGUUUGAGAGAGAUUGCAGUGUACAGAGGAGACAUCAGAAGAUUAUUGAAGAAGCACCAGCACCUCAUCUGUCAGAAGAAGUAAGGAAGCAGAUAGGAGAAGCAGCAGUGCAGGCAGCCAGGGCUGUCAACUAUGUAGGAGCAGGUACUGUAGAGUUUAUCAUGGAUGCCCAGCAGAAAUUUUACUUUAUGGAGAUGAACACUAGACUUCAAGUAGAGCACCCUGUCACAGAGAUGGUUACUAAGACUGAUCUAGUGGAAUGGCAACUAAAGGUAGCAGCAGGUGACCCCUUACCGGUGACCCAGGCUGACCUCCGGCUCCAUGGACACUCCUUUGAAGCUAGAAUCUAUGCUGAGGACCCUGAUAAUAACUUCAUGCCGGGCGCAGGUCCCCUCAUCCAUCUAGCUACCCCAGACGCUGAUGAAUCAAUUAGGAUCGAGACUGGUGUAAGGCAAGGUGAUGAUGUGACCCCCUUCUAUGAUCCUAUGAUUGCAAAGCUGGUCGUCUGGUCACAUGACAGGAAGAGCGCUUUAGAGAAACUCAGGAAAUGUCUUCACGACUACCAGAUCGUAGGGUUGAAGACCAAUAUCAGAUUCCUAGACGAUCUAGCUAAGCAUCCAGAGUUUGGCAAAGGAAACGUCAACACUGACUUCAUUCCUCAGUACGAGAAGGAGCUGUUUCCUGAGCGGGGCGCUCUCAAUGACCAAACACUGUGCAGGGCCGUCUUAGCUCUGGUACUCUAUGAACAGAGAUCUAGCAGCCUGGAAAGCCUUGAAGCCACUGAUCCGUUUUCGCCAUACAGUCAGAGCAACGGACUGAGACUCAAUGAAAACCUGUGCAGACGAGUGAAGCUCAACUCUGGAGAGACAGCUGUUGAAGCGACCAUUACAUACCAUUCUGAACAAGGCUAUUCGGUUCAGGUUGGAGGUACAUCCUACAGUGUCCAGGGCACGCUGACCGGUGAGGGUGACGCCCUUGAGAUGACCAGUGUAGUAGACGGUCAGAAGACAACGUCCACCGUCGUUAUGCAUGAAGAUAGUAUUCACCUCUUCUCACCAGAUAAUAUCGGAGGUGUUGAGGUGACCAGACCGGUCCCAGAGUUCCUCAAGGAGUCCGGUGCUGGAGGUCAUGGUGACCGCGCCCCUAUGCCUGGUGACAUCACUCAUGUCUAUGUCAACUCAGGAGAUAAGGUGGAGAAGGGGCAGCCUCUACUUGCUUUAGAAUCUAUGAAGAUGGAGUAUGUGAUCCGUGCACCAAAGGAUGGCGUCAUAGACAGGAUUCUGGUUGCUAAGGGUGACAAUGUCCAGAAAAACGCCCCCUUAGUUGCUUACCAAGACAAGUAAAGCAGUCUCCGUGGAAAUUAAUAUUUAUAAAAAGUAACAAUCGCAAAAAUAAUGGUAUUUUUCGGGUCUUAUGGUUCUACAAUGUACAUGUAGUCACUGUAGAUCAUAUUUUUUAUUAUGUUGUUGGAAUGGAGAACGGCAAAUUUGCCAUGGACUAUGAAGAAGCUCAUCACUUCAAUAUCAAAUUUUAUGAAAAUUAAGAUCGAAAAGGUUUCUUCUAAAGCAAGAGGAACGUGAUUACCUAGUCCUUUUUCUUUUCUUAGCCUUCAUAGGCAUAGCACCAAACUUUCUGUGGAGCUUUGAACAGUUAAUCUUUCAAUGUGCUAUUCAGAUAAUUAUUAUAAUGCAAUUUUUGUUGUUGACAUAAAGCAUGAAAGAAGCUUCUUUUUUUCUUUUUUUUUUGUGGCUUGAAGAUUUUCAAUGUACUUGUAUAUAAGAAGUAAACUAUAUGGAGCAAAUAAUAUUACAUGGGUGAAAUGCCAUUCAGUCCACAACCAGAUCGUCUACUACCCAAUUGGUCUUUUCCCAUAUGGUCUACUCCCAGCCGUCUACUCUAUCCAGAUGGUCUAAUGAUCAUUUCCUCUACUUAUCAUUUGGUCCAUUGUUCAUUUAGUCUAAUAACCGGUUAGUUUGAUUCCCAAAUUGUCUAAUUCAAAUUUUGUCUACCCCCCAAAUAGUCCAAUAAUCAUGUGUGAUUAAAAUGAUAAUUAGACCAUAUUGAUCGUAGACAAAUUGGGCACUAUACAAACUGUAAAUUAGACUAAAUGAGCAACAGACCAAAUGGUUAGUAAACUAAUUGGAAAGUUAUUAGACCAAAUGACUAUUAGCCUAAAUGGUCAUUAAACCAAAUGAUAAUUUCGAAAUGAUUAUUAGACCAUGUUCGAAGACGGGCUUGGUGUAGACCAUAUAUAGUAGUAGAGUCAGUAGACCAAUCCCAUAGUAGACAAACUGGUUUUAGACCAAUCAGCAAUAAAGUUAAAGCAUUUCAUGUUUAUCCAAACUCUCAUUACCCAAUAUUGACACUUCAUGUUCAUGGAGCAAAAUGAUUUAUGAAUUCAAUUCAAUGUCCACUUCCAAUUAUUUAUUGACUAUUCAUGGGGGCCCCUUCUUGAGAUGACAAACGGGUGAUAUAUUAUUCUACGAGACUCGAUGUAUUCCUAUUUAAAGUGUAGUCAAUGUGAUCCUACUACCGGUAUCUAAUCAAAUAUCUGUAUUUCAAAUAUAAGAAAAUGAGAAAUGACAAAAUGAGAAAUUAUUGAGCUUGCCAAGCAGUAUUCAUUUUAGCAAAAAGUGCUGUAAGAGUGUGCUUUCGAUUUGCUUCUGCACUUUCUUCAUUAUUUCAUGUUUGGAUUGAAGUACGGUAGUGAAAAUAUAAUAUACAGGUAAGUCAUGAUAUGUAUAUUAUAUGUAAUGAUAUUAUUGUUAUUAUUUAAAAUUGCAUAAGUAAAGCCACAAACUGUUUUCUGAAUAAGAACAAAUGUAUGAAAUACAUCAGUGUUCAUAAUUUAUGAAAUCCGUAGUCACCUACAUUUGUAUUCACACCGCUGCUGCCGCUAGACUGACAAUAAACCAAACAAGCAAUAAUGGUACCCCGAAUGGCCAAGAAUCAGUCGGUUAAUUCAGAGUUGGUUUAUAAUAGAUUAGUGACGGGUGACUGUAGUAUCACCUCAUCUAAAAUCGAUCCUUUCGUACCUCACUAAUCACCUAAAAUAAUGAUUUGUGUACAGCUAGAAUGUAUAAAAACCAAGCUCAACUAUUUUUAUACACCUUUAUAUGUGUGAAGGGAUAUGAAAAAGUAUGAAGAAAAUAAAUAACAUGAAACCUCGUA